CCCUGCCUGCAGGUUGCUGGAAUAUCUGCCAACGAGUCCUCUGGCUGCUUCCUGAGGGCUGUUGUGUGCAGCUGUUUGUUGGGUUUUUAAUUUGACUUUGCAAAAUUUUGCUUUUUAUCGCCCAUUGUGGAGGAUGGAGCCUGGAACUCAGAGCUGCUGGCCAGGUUUGGCCACUGACCUGCUGGCCCAGCUGCCAGGUGCCUCCAGCCAGGGCUCCAGCGCUGGCACAGAUGGCAGGGAUGGCAGGGGAGGCAGAGCACGGGGCUGUCUCUCUUUAAGGCAGAAACGGGAACUCUCUGGCUGCCACUUUGCGGAGUUUAGCCCAGAUCCCUGUUUUCAUUAGCGCUUCAUUUCAUCUCCUCCUCUCCCCCCCAGCCCCACCUCCUCGAUCGGCAUUUCUGCAUCCUUUGCCGUGCAUCCAGAGCAGCAGGUGAAAGUCGGGCUGGCACCUGCACACACCCGCUCUCACAGCUCCCUGCGGGCUGGACGCACCUCUGCCGCGGGAGAGAUCCCUUCCCGCACUCCGGAUCUUCCUCCUCCCAGGAGGGCUUGGCUGGGAGCAUCCCGGUCCUCGCCUGAGGCUGCUCUGCCGCUCCUGGUGGCUCCGGCUGCAGCAGCGGCAGCGCCGGGCACGGAGGAGCUCGGGGACCCAGGGGACAGAGCUCUGCAGGGAGCCCAGCCCAGCUGGGGGGUGAGAGCUGAGCCUCGGGGGGCCGGAGCAUCCCCAGCAUCUGGAGCAUCCUGGAGUCCAGAGCAUCCCCAGCAUCCAGGGUAUCCUGGGUACAGAGCAGCCCUGGCAUCCGGAAUAUCCUGGGAUGCAGAGCACCCCCAGCAUCUGAAGUAUCCUGAGUGCAGAGCAUCCAGAGCAUCUCGGUGUCUUAUUAUUCCAUGGUCCAGUGCAUCCAGAGCAUCAGAGUAUCCAGAGCAUCCUGCCAUCCCUGGCAUCUCGAGUAUCCUGCCAUCCAGCUCGUCCCCAGCAUCCAGAAGCAGCAUCCAGGGACAUCCCAGAGCAGGGGAAUUUACAGGGACGAGGAACUGCUGUGAGUAAUGGGGAGGGAACCUUGGUCCUGCUGAUCGGCUCCUGGGAAUGUCAUUCUGCCCUGAGUGCCAGUGAAGAGAGAGAGUGGGGGAAGAGAGGGAGAGGAGGAGGAGAGAAGGGAGGACAGACACGGAGUGGAGAGAGCUGAUCCUCCUUCCCCGGCCCUGGCAAUGAUCACGUAGCACAGGCCACGCUGGAGAAGGUCCCCAGCCCCAGGGCCAGCCCUGCCCCCGGCUCCUCAUGGAGGGGGAUCUGGGGGCCCCCAAUGCCAGCGUGCUGGGGGAGCACUCCCUGAUCGUGGGCAGCAGCUGGGUGGCCGCCUUCCUCUGCUUCAUCAUCCUGCUGACCACAGCGGGCAACUUCCUCCUCAUCCUCCUCAUCGUCACCCAGCGCUCCCUCCGCAACACCUCCAACUACUUCCUGGUGUCCCUGUUCAUGUCGGACCUGAUGGUGGGGCUGGUGGUGAUGCCCCCGGCCAUGCUCAACCAGCUCUACGGCCGCUGGGUGCUGCGGGGGGACUUCUGCUCCCUCUGGGCCUCCUUCGACGUCAUGUGCUGCAGUGCCUCCAUCCUCAACCUCUGCGUCAUCAGCCUGGACCGCUACCUGCUCAUCACGUCCCCGCUCAGGUACAAGCUGCGCAUGACGUCCUGCAGGGCCCUGGCGCUCAUCCUGGCCACCUGGACCUUGGCCGCGCUGGCCUCCUUCCUGCCCAUCAAGAUGGGGUGGCACGAGCUGGAGUUCGAGGUGCGGGCCCUGAACGUCACCGGCCGUGGGGACGAGGACCAGUGCCGGCUGCUGGUCAGUCUGCCCUACGCCCUGGUGGCCUCCUGCCUCACCUUCUUCCUGCCGUCCGCCGCCAUCUCCUUCACCUACUGCCGCAUCCUGCUGGCCGCGCGCAAGCAGGCGGUUCAGGUGGCUUCCCUCACCUCCAACGUGGCCACCACCGACGAGGCCACGCCGCAGGUUCCACGCGCCCCGAGCCAGCCCCUGGCUGGCAGCGAGAGCAGGAGGUUCACCAACAAGCACAGCAAGAAGGCUCUGAAGGCCAGCCUGACCCUGGGAAUCCUCCUGGGCAUGUUCUUCGUGGCCUGGCUGCCCUUCUUCAUCACCAAUGUGGCACAGGCAGUUUGCGGCUGUGUCCCGGCCGGAUUCUUCGACGUGCUCACCUGGCUGGGCUACUGCAACAGCACCAUGAACCCCAUCAUCUACCCGCUCUUCAUGAGGGACUUCAAGAGAGCCAUGGGCAAGUUCCUGCCCUGCUGCCGGCGCUCCGGGGAGCCCCGGCCCAGCGCCAUCUCCCUGUCCAUGAGGAAUUCCAACAGCGGCCCCCGCGCUGCCACGUCCCUCAAGAACGUCCUCACCCUGCAGGCUGAGACCGACUCUGUCGACUCCGGGGCACCGGGGAGUGACCCCCGGCUGCUCCCGGCCCCGCCGGGCCCCGGCGCCCGCUCCGUCAGCCUUUGGGAUGCGGAGCCCCCGGACACGGAGCUGCAGCUCGGCACCCCCGUGGCCUGAGCGCGGCACACGCAGCUCUGUGCGCUGGGAAGGAUCCCCCAGGAGCCCAACACAAACCCUCCAGGAGCUGAUUUGCCACAAGCCAUCUCCCCGAUUGCCUGUUCCAGCACACGGUGCAGCUCAUGGAGGGGAUGGCAGCCCCGGGCACUGUCACAAGGACGAUCAAACCGCGCAAAGCCAGGUGCUGCUGCUGAAUUAAGCAGCCUUGUGUCUCUCUUUCAUUCUUCCUUUGCUCACCGUCACCAUCCCCUAACCCUUCCUGUGGCCUUUCCAUCUCUGGCGAGUCUGACCCUUGGGCUCCAGACCCUCUAUCUCCCUGACCUCAAACCAAGGCUUGGUUUUGCACACACAGAGCUCAGCAGAUCUCCUCCGAGUGCACCGAGGGGAGUGGUGGAAACACGUCCUGUGGCUCAUGGACGAGAGGUCUGGGGCUGCUUCAGCAGGAACACUGAGCUUUGGGGCUUCUUCAGCCCACGGAACAUCACGUCCUCCUGGAGCUGGAUCUCCUCACCAGAGUCGUGUCUGUCUCAGGUUCCUCACACAGCGAGUUCCAGCUCAGUGGCACCGCCGUGUCUCGUCAUGCAGAGCUGCAGUGUGGGGGCUGCAUUUGGUGCAGAACGUCCAGCACCGAUUUUUGGGUGUUCAGUGGGGGUGUGGGGUGCGACUCUCUGCGGCUCUGUGGGUGUCUCGCAGUAGUAACGGGAUCAGCUCCUCUUACAGGCUCCAUCCCACAGCUUCCCACUCCUGGCACAGGACCAUCACACUUCCCUCCAACAACCCAUCACGUCCUCGAUGAUGCAAUUAGAAAAUACACUUUUCCCUCCCCUUCAAAUAAGAAUCUAAAGGAAUAUUGUAUUUUAAAUGACAAUGCCAGCCCUCUCCCCAGAGCCAUGUGGCAAAUGGGCACUUCAAAAAAAUCAAUAAAACAAAUCAUUUUACUAAAUUCUUCCUCAAGUGCCUUUCUGCUGGCAUUUGGCUGCUGUGCCCUCCCUAGACCCUGUCCCUCCAAGCCUUCUGCCUAAUUCCAAGACUGUGCUCCUGGAACUCCCCGCUAUCCAAACAGACACAGAGCAUCCCUUGGAUACGGGAUGCUGGAAGAAGCAGCCACACGCCAGGCCACUCUCAUUAGUUUUCUUUCCACGUUGCCCACGGAUAUUCCAGAACUGAACAGGAGUUUGUAUGACCAACGUGGCAUUUAUUUGCCACAAAUCCCUUGGGAGCCAGGGAUGAGUGACCAGGACAUGCCGAGCACAGGUUCAAACCUCAAACUGUUCGAUGCAUUUCGCCACAGAUGGAGCUUGGGGCUGGUGUUGAGCACCGA